GCGUCGGUGAAGACGUUCUUGAGCAGCACCAAGAAAAGCAGCAAAAAAAACUGCUUCUCCAGCAUAAUAUCCUGGUGGAAGUCCUCUCUCAGGCACACGACUGCUACUUGAAAAUGGGUGAAUUCGUCGAAAAGCUAGUAACCUGGGAUCAUCGAAGUACGAAAAGUACAGCAGAUCUUCCGAGGAUUCUGAAACGGUUUGUCAAAUCUUCAUCAUCAUCAUCAUCUGCAUCAUCAUCUGCAUCAUCAUCAUCAUCAUCAUCAUCGCCUUCUCUAGGAGGACAGGAAAAACAUCUUCAAGAUGAAGAAGAACGCGCAGUGGAUGAUUCCUUCUGCCUUUACGGUUGUGCCGAACUACUUCUUUUACUGACGACGCAGUUGGACUCAGAUACGAUCAUCACGCUGGCAGACAAGUUGACGACGUUCAGGAGAGAUCUGAAAGUUCUUAAGGGUACUAGGUUGAUAAAGGUCGUGCUUUUGUUACCGUUUGUUAGGGCUCUCUCCCUUAGGUGGGGACACCCAUAACAAGCGGGAGAACCCACGAACAGGAACCCCAAAACCUACCUCGUCUAAGAAAGGCGAAGGCGAAGCUCAUGUCAGCAGCAAUAUAAUCGUCCCAGAAUUCCCCUUACACGACCAAAACUUCCGUUAUGCGAUUAGGCAGUUGGUCGGCGGUGCCUUUGGUCGGUUCGGAGAAUACGAUUUCACACAAGAGAGUGGCGGAAAGUGGCGAAAUUUGUUUUCCGACUUUUUUCUCCCGGAACGAGUACCAUCCGAAACGAACUUGCCUCCGAUGUGGGAAGAGAUCCAAGCGAGGACUCAAUGGAAAAUGGAUGCGGUAUAUGGAGAAGGGAAAGACGGAGACUAUGACAUGGUCGAGCGGAAUGAACAUGGAGCGGUUGGAGCUGGUUAUGGAAGGACUCGUGGUUGCAUGUAG